AUGGGCCGGGAACGCGUGCAGAAGGAGCAGCUGGCGAAGGCCAUGCCCACCUUCCUGAAGAUGUGCGAGCCCUAUCUCCUGUACCUGGAGGCCGCGGGCAGGAGCGCACCCCCCAUCUAUGGAGGCCUGCAGGAGGUGAUCAGGAAGGGGCUGUUGGAGAUCUCACAGCAGCUGACGCUGCGCCUGGAGCAGCUGGUGUUCAUGUACGCCUCCUUCGGCUUCGUGGACCUGGACGAGACUGACCCUCUGAGCAUCUCCUGCUUCUUCUGUGGGAGGUUCUCCAUCAGCCCCGCCCACGAGGUGUCCAUCUUCAGAUACUGCAGCCCCGCGCCCUACACGGCCGCGCGCUUCCCCAGGUACCUCUACAAGAAGAUGCGCUGGAACCUGGAGGUCACCCCGGAGCCCAGCAGCCGGGGCCAAGACCCCCAUGUGGACUACUAUUUCUUAUGCUACCGAGAUACGUGGGAAGACGCGGGGCAGAGCCCAGCCAAUUCCUGUCCCCAGAUCCAGAAGCUGUGGUCCAUUGGCCGAUGGGUGCCCCUGGGACCACCAGAAGAUGACCUUUAUUCGUGGAUCCUGUGCCCGCAGCCCCCGGGAGACUACCAGCAGCUGCUGACCAUCGGCUUCGAGGAGCCGUCGCACAUGCUGGCCACCGACCUGCUGGUUCAGGUCCUCAUGGGCCAAGCAGGCCCGGCCCGGCCCCCGAGCGCGGCGGGGCUCCCGGCCUGGGCCGCACCCGGGUCUUGA